ACUUCAGAAUGUCUGUAAAAUGAGGUAAGUCAUGAAGAAAGAUUAAUUUAAAACACGACCUUUGACUCUGCUUAAUGAUGCUUAGCACUGGCUCUGUGGCAGCCUAGCUGCCUAUUACAUUUCCAACAGGCAUGUGCACGGCUGCCUCUGACUUCUCAGACCUCUGUUUGUACUUUGUUUUAUUUAUAAAGUAGCCUGAAGCAUACAACAGCCGUUUCUCAAGUUGAAAAUCAGAUGCUUUUUUCCAGCCAUCGCUGCUUGUGGUAGUUUAUAUUCUGUGAUGAGUAAACUGGGUUCAAAGGUCACCCAGCUUUUAUAUCUUAGCAGCAGGAGGAAGAGAAGGAGAAAAGGAAGGAGGGUGAUAAGGAGGAAAGGGAGAAAGGAAGAACAGAUCUUUGGCAGAUGUGAGGAUUGUGAAGGAUGACAAGUUUAACUUUACGCUGAAAGUGAAGAGAAAAUGGCGCAGCUGCUUACACCUACACACAGAACAAACCAGCAGACCUUGAAGUCCACCUACACUCCAACGGCACAUUCAGUCUUCAUCAUCCAACAGCUCACACUCGUCUCCAAGGACACCUCUGUAUGUGAUGCAUUUUCUGACUCUCUAUCUCUCUCAUUCCUAACCUUAACCCUGACACUAAGCAGAACCCAACUCUGACCCUAACUCCAGCUCUAACCCUAACCUUCUCUGCGCAUCAACCGUGUUUUGUAGCAGCUUGCAAGAACAGCUAUGUUUAUAGUGACGUUACUGCCACCUAAUGGUCCUUAUUUAAACAGGUGAAUAUUUCAUAUAGACACCUUGGUCACUUACAUACAGGAUAACACUGGUGUUUACAAGACCAUUUAUCAUGUAUCAUUCUGGGGUUUUUUUCAUCAGUAUAUUCUGUGUACUAUAGCUUUGAGAGUUGAGAAUGAAACAACAAUAAUGACCCAAACAUAUGGAAUAAAAUGACCCUUCACUCCUUAACUACCCCCUAGUCACUAUACGAACCUAUCAUCUAUGAUCAAAACCCAAAUACCAUGUACUUUAUUUCACUACAAUGUUGACCAACAUUCAGGCUUUAGAAGAAAUUAGGUUCUGCCUCGUAACAACCAGGACUUCCAGGAACUGGGCAUUCACUGGUCCCUAAACAAAUCAGCUGGUACUAAAGAGACAGGAAAAACAAGUAUGCAUGCACACACACUAAUAGACACCUCUGCCUGUAAUUAGCAGUUGUUGGCCAUUGAGCCUUAUCAUCAGUAGGAAGUAAUUUUCACAUGAACGACCUCUUGCAGAUGUGGCAGCAGCAUACACACACACACACACACACACACACACACACACCCCUCACUGUCACACUACACUAACCCUGUCCUCUAAGCAACAGGCUUUGAAUUACCUCUGUCCCCUUUAUCUGCCUCUCCAUCGCUCUCCAGCUGAUGGAGCUCAUUGUGGAGGGAGAAAAAAAAAAGCCUGAGAGCUUCACUAUGGCAACGGCAAAAUGUAAAAAAAAAAAAAAAAGCUUCACAAGUACUUCAUCAAGGCCUGUGAUCCAUCCAACAGCUCCCCAACCUCCUGCAACAAGUAAAGACAGGCCAGCAAGGCUCCAGGGAGCUGGAGGAGGAAGAGAGGAGGAGGAGGCGAGAGAGAGAGAGAGAGAGAGAGAGAGAGAGAGAGGGAGAGAUAAUACAUAGGGACUGGAAGAGCACGGAGAGAAAAUCCUUUUCUCUUCUGCCUUUCAGUCAGCCUGUCUUGUCUUCUGGUCAGUGUGGAUUUUAUAAUAAUUCUACUUUAUUGACGUAUAAAGCCUCAUUAUAGUUUUUAUUUUUUUAUUUUCAUUUUAGAGUCCAGGGCAACUCCAGAAAAGAAUAACGAGUGGACCGCCAAGGUCAUGGCCUCCUGGCUCAGCUGGAACGAGCCUUAUUACCGGAGCUCGCGGCGCGAUCCUGCCGACGUGGUCAGCGACACGCUCAUGUUUGAGUUCAGCUGGCAGCUGAAGGAGGCAGAGAGGCAGCAGAGGGAGAGGGAGAACGAGUACCGACGAAUGAAGACAGGAGUGGACUACAGCUGGUUGGCCAACGUGCCAAGCUCCAACUACACCAUCAGCACUGGAGAGAGGCUAGGCCUGGAGGAUCUCUGCUCCAAGGUGCCGCCGUCCUGCUGUGGACUGGUCAUACUCAAGUUUAGGGAGGUCAUGCAGACCAACGAGCCCGAAGUGCAAGAGGUUCCCGGCCUUUUCCGCUCCGUUCUCCUGGAGUCUCUGGAGCAGCUGAAGGAGGAGCAGGAGGCUCAGCGACUCGCCCGCCAAUGGAACAACAAGCGGGCCAUGAGCAUGUCCCUUAUCAACUUUAGGUCCAGGAUCAGGAUCAACCCUUUUGGGAGCACAGUGGGCUUGACCUCUGCGGUAUCUGACGGAGCCGGGAUGAGCGACCUGAAGACGGUGUCAGAGGAUGUGGAGCGUGGGAUGAAGAGGAAGGAGCAAACCACAAGGGUGUGGAGCAUGCCUGACUUCAGGUACAAGGGAUCCAGCAGCAGCAAGGUGGUUUGAUGUGAGGCCUUCAGAAGGUGGUGAAGGUGGGACACAGCUGCUGCUGCUGCUGCUCCACAGGAUGGAGGAAAUAAGGAUUGGUGUACACGGCUCAAAAUUCAUCAUCAUUCUGAUCAGUCGGGUAUCAUAAUGAAGAGGCCUGGUAGUGUAUAAUAUAUAUUUUCAUAAGCACCGUGGUGUGAGUCAUUUUUUAAAAAUCUGGCACUCUGGGUGCUGCCACUCCUACCCAAGAGACCAGAAGGGCCUGUGCUAAGUGCUGCGUUCAAGUGGCAUUGGUAUAAAUUGGAAAAAAUACUUUGUGACUAGAAACAACUUGUUAACAGGCCACAGUAUUUUAAAUACCCCCAGUUUUUCUGUAUAUGUGAAGAACUUAUCCAGUUUGCGUUUACAUAGAAAUGUUUGAAUGUUACUUGUCAGUGCAUUAUUUACAUUUGAAAUUGUGGAAUGCACAUUUUCACGUACAUUUUUUUUAUUAUUUAUUUCAUUAUCACUCUUAUUCGAUUUUUUGUUUAUUUUAUGUCGUAUUAAAUCCUGAUGCAAAGUAUUUCAGUUCUAGAGGUCCUUAUUUUUAUAUAUAAUAGAUAAUAUAUUUAACUUGAAAAGCUGGCUGUAU